UUGCAGCGCUGCUUGUUCCUGUUGUGGUCGGAAUGGAUGGUGCACAUGAAAUGUGCCUCUGAUAGAAGAUUAUUUACCUCUGAUGUGAUUAGUGUUUUGUUGAAUACCUAUCCAUUGAAUACAAAGACCUUUCAAGGGUUGCGUCUUUGCCUAAAAAGAUGGUGUUUUACUUUAAAAGCGCCGUUGUCUCACCUCCCUAUACCAUAUACAUGGGCAAAGAUAAACAUGAAAAUGAAGAUCUUAUAAAGUAUGGAUGGCCUGAAGAUAUCUGGUUCCAUGUGGACAAGCUCUCAUCUGCCCAUGUAUAUCUAAGAAUGCCCAAGGGUACAACGAUAGAAGACAUACCAAAAGAAGUCCUGAUCGACUGUGUCCAGCUGGUCAAAAACAACAGCAUUCAAGGUUGCAAAAUGAACAAUAUUAAUGUUGUCUACACACCAUGGGCCAAUCUGAAAAAAACAGCAGACAUGGAUGUCGGGCAGAUAGGCUUCCAUCGGCAGAAGGAGGUGAAAAUUGUGGCAGUAGAAAAGAAAAUCAACGAAAUCGUCAACAGACUAGAGAAAACAAAAGAGGAGCUGUAUCCUGAUCUUGCUGCGGAGAAGGAGACCCGGGACAGAGAGGAAAGAAACGAGAAGAAGGCUCAAUUACAAGAGCAGAAGAAAAAGGAGAAGGAGGAAACGAAGAAGAAAAAAGAGACGGAGGAAUUAAGGAAUUAUUCAUCACUCAUGAAGAGUGACAACAUGACCACAAAUGAGGGUGGCUAUGAUUCAGAUGACUUCAUGUAAAGAAAAGGAAUGAAUCUGCGAUUUAAAGGGAACCAACAUCCUCCCCUACAAUAUCUUGUUUGUGAAAGGAAAGGACUCGAGACAUCAGAUUUGAGCCAUCGAUAAGAAACCGGGAAAUGCCAGGACCGUUCUAAAGCAGUUAGCUUUGUCAUUUCUUUGAAAAUACAAAUGCAAUAUGUAAAAUAUCUCAAAAUAAAACAGAUUAGAUUGCUUAUACAAACCAGAAGAAUUUGAAGAUCUCUGUUGAUUCUGUAUAUUAAACAGUUUUGUUGUUGAUGUUUCUGGAUGAAAUAAAGAUUUGAUAUAUAUUAAUGGAUGUGUACACCGAGACCUUUAGGGGAUACUUGCUUGUAAUUGAUAUACCUUUUUGGAGUGAUACAAUUGAAUUACAAAUGACUGCUUUUUUUUUUCCUUUUUUGUUGUCCUAAACUAAAUAAAUCUUUGACUUUCUUGGCUCA